CCUGGUAACGGCGGCUCUGCGGGCGGGGGCGGCCCCGGCAGCCGCGGUCAGGUGGCACCGCCGAGACGGAGCCGGCCGAGCACGAUAAAAGUCCCGGCCCGCCGCCGCCACGGCUGCGAGGGAGCGCGGAGCCGCCGCCCGGGAGCCAUGCUCGGCGUUGGACACGCUCCCUGAGCCACCCCAGCCUCAGCAGCCCGGAGCACCGCGGUGCCGUCCGUGACCUAGGGCAGGACUUGGUACAAAACUGACUAAGCAGCGGGAGCUCUCGCUGUCCUGCCGCCACCAGGCCAGACGAUCCCUCCCUUGGCUGCACAUCCCCUUGGCUCUCUUCCCAUAAUGGAAGCCUGAGUGCCAAGAUCCUCCAUGACCUCCAGAAGCCACAACUCCCUGCCGAGAACUCUGAUGGCUCCGCGAAUGCUCUCCGAAGGUGCCCUGGGGGGCAUCGCCCAGAUCACGCCCUCGCUGUACCUGAGCCGGGGCAGCGUCGCCUCCAACCGGCACCUGCUGCUGUCCCGGGGCAUCACCUGCAUCAUCAACGCCACCAUCGAGAUCCCCAACUUCAACUGGCCCCAGUUCGAGUACGUGAAAGUGCCUUUGGCCGACAUGCCCAACGCCCCCAUCUCGCUGUACUUCGACAGCGUGGCCGACAAGAUCCACAGCGUGGCGCGGAAGCACGGCGCCACGCUGGUGCACUGCGCCGCCGGCGUCAGCAGGUCGGCCACGCUCUGCAUCGCCUUCCUCAUGAAGUACCACAAGGUCUCCCUCUUCGAGGCCUACAACUGGGUCAAGUCGCGGCGCCCCGUGAUCCGGCCCAACGUGGGCUUCUGGAGGCAGCUGAUAGACUACGAGAGGAAGCUCUUUGGGAAGACCACGGUUAAAAUGGUACAGACACCCUAUGGCAUCAUCCCAGACGUUUACGAGAGAGAGAGGAGACCCCUGAUGCCUUACUGGGGAAUUUAAUGGGACCGCAGACGGGAAGCACAACGGGAGGGACGCGCUCUUCCGAGUCCACCAGACUGGAGACGUUCCCUUCUCCUUCUACGGCCAACUUUGGUUCUUUACCAUACAGCAGAACCUCAAUUCUCACCUCACUAACCUGCAAGGCCAACGAUUCCCUUCAAAGCAUUUUUCUCUAUGGGGAUUUCCCAUCUGCAUCUCCGAUUUAGCAAAACCGGGUCUCAUUAUAAGUUUAUUCCUUCCAU